ACGAAACACGUUUCCAAAACUACAUCGAAUCAUGCCGUGGUGAAUGCGUAUGAAAUAUAUUUUGAUUGAGAAGAAGGAGAGCCCUAUGAAAUCCUCUUCUAUUCCCCAUUCCACAGGUAAUUAAUUGGUCCUUACAAAAUGCACAAUCUCUUGGUCUUCUUCCUUCUACCUUUUCUCUUCUGUAAUUCCUCCGCCGCGUUAGGAGGAGCACCUCUCACCGGCGGUUGGAGGCCAAUUCCCAAUGUAACCGCGCCUACAGUCGUCGACAUCGGGAAAUUUGCGGUAGAUGAGCACAACAAGAAUGACCAUACGUCUCUCAAGUUCGAAAAAGUGACGAAGGGAGAGAGCCAAGUGGUCGCCGGAAUGAAUUACAAAUUGACAAUCACGGCGGAGGACGGCAGCGUAAACAACAAUUACGAGGCGGUUGUUUGGGUUAAGCCUUGGCAGAAAUUCAGGCAACUUGUGUCCUUUAAGGGACCCGUUUGAGGAAAGAAUUUAGGUUUUUUUUUUUUCUUAAUGGUUUCGCAAUGUGCAUUUUAGGUACUUUUUAAAUGGCGAUUUCGAUCUUCUUAAACAAACUAAAUAAACAGAAAUCGAAUGAUGCAUCAGGUCUGUAUUUAAUUUCAUGAUCUUUCUUUUGAUCAUGGUGAUAUUGGAAAUUUAGAACCUACACCAUGGUUGCAAAUUGGAAGAGAAACGUGAAGACAACUGAAGCCAUGAACAGGAAAUUGAUCUGUCUGACCUAAUAAUUCCAAUAAUAUGACUUGAGACAACUACACAAAAAAAAAUUUACAUAUGUGUAUCUAUGUUUGUUGUAUAUUUUACUGAUAAUAACACAUCACAUUAUGUUUGUUCAUGCACAAUAGUAAUGUACUUGUAUAUUUUACUGAUAAUAACACAGCACGUUAAUACACUUAUAUUUUCUUCACAUUACAAUUCUUUACUCAUAAUAGUAAUUGCAACCUACUUACAUUUUUUUUUACUUGUGAUAUCAACACAUGACAAAUAUUAAAUUUUUCUUUCCUUAUAAUACAUUUGACAAAUUAAGUACAAUGCUUAUAUUUGUAGUGAAAUGCAAGUCCAUUACUAUUAUAUGUAAAAAAAUAAGUACAUGGAUAUUAACAAAUACUUGUACAAGAGACAUAUGAAAAUACUUACAAUUCCUUGCUAACAACAUACUUACAUUUAUUUACCUUAUUAUCUAUAAUAUCAAUACAUGUUGCCAUAUUGCCAAAUCCACAUCAAGAUGGAAGUAUGUUGCCAUAAAACAUAUAAUCAUCCGUAAAGAAAUGUAAAUACAUUGCUAUUAUGUGUAAAAAAAACAAAAGUAAAUUGCACAUAUUUGUAGGAAGAGUCAAAUACAUUGCUAUUCCCCAUUUUUAGGCUUGUAUUAACAUAAUAAUUAAUAAGCAUUCAAUUCCACUUCCAACAAACCAACAAUUAACAAUCGUCUACAUAAAUAAAUACUACAAUGAGAAAAACGAAAAAAAACAUAAAACACAUAAAUAUAAAUAUGUUGCUAUUAAUUGUCAUUCCACUAACGAAAUUAUUUUACAACAUAUGUCGGUAUAUAAAUGAUAUAUCACUAUAAUUGAUGAACCACAUUGAACCAGAAACACAUAGAUGUGCGUGCAUAUAUAACACGGACUUGCUGCAACGCGAGUGUGCCGCUAGUCAAAA